AUGGUCGGCGAGAGCUCGCGAGAUUAUGAAGCUCUCUUUCGGCAGGCAGAGGAGAGGAGGAAGCAAGCAGAGGAGAGGCUGCAGCAAGCAGAGGGAAGGCAGCGGCAAGCAGAAGCGCGCGCCCAACGAACGACUUUUAAAGAGUUGAUACGCCACUGCCACAACUUACUCUCCCGCCCGUUGAGAGCUGAAACUCCGUCUCGUUCGACCACAGGGACAAUACCGCUCCCCAUCGGAAAGUAUUGCCCCACGCGCCUGGAACCGUGGACCGAAUGUGCUGCUAAACAACAAGAAAUCUUCAAUUCAGUGUGUAACUACCUACAAUUCACAGAGGAAGCGCGAGCACGAUUGUUUACGCCCCUUAUUGCACUGGAAGAGGAUGCUAAACGAUUAUUUGAGCCAAUUAGCAGUGAAAAGGGUCUUGAGGUUUAUGAGAAAGUCGCCGUAGAAGAUUAUGUUCGCUAUAUAAUUGUGGAACUAUGCAAGAUUGAUGGUGCCCGUGACGAGUUUGGACUUGGAGAUGGGAUUUGGUUCGAGAGUCACACAAACUCGUUGAGCCCUGACGAAAGAGACGACGAGAAUGCAGCAGAGGCGGACCAGUUAUCAUCCAUACCCCGUCCAAGGCCUGAUCAGUUCUGUAUUCAUCGAGUCGACGGCAAUACUAAUACCCUGCUCACUGCAGUCGAAUAUAAACCACCUCACAAGCUUUCUCAGGAAAGCCUACGCACGGGGCUCGACGGAAUGGACUUGUGGAAUGAUAUGGUUAGAACUAAUAAAUACCCUCCAGAUUCUACGGAUUUCAAGGCAAAGCGCCUUGCUUGCUCAGCUAUCGUCCAGGAAUAUCACGUAAUGAUCCAGGAAGGACUCGAGUAUUCUUAUGUGACUACUGGACUUGCUCGUGUCCUUCUCCGCGUUCCAUACCACGACCCUAGUACAUUAUACUACUUCCUCUGUGAUCCUAAUACAGAACUAGAAGGUGGUAUAGACCAGGAUAUCCAAGAGCCGAAGACCUCCGUUGCCCGGGUGUUGUGUCUUUGCUUGAUGGCGUUUCGUUCCACUGUGCGUGAUCAGGAAUGGAGAAAUGCUGCACGGUCGCGGCUUCGAAUUUGGACAACCGGCUUCAGCGAUGAUCAUCCCCAAAGUUUCGACAGUAGUAAGAGUACUAGCACAGAGCAUAUGAGUCAACAAUCCAGUCCAGGGUAUCAACCACCGUCGGCUGGAGAAGAGCGAACAGCAGAAGGUCGCCGAGUGCCUACAAGGUCUCAGCCCGGCUGUGCACCCUCGAAUGACCAAUACCGUACCGCGUCACCAGAUUCAUCAGGCUCCCACUCGAACCAAGCAACGAGUCGCAAACGCGGCUUCAGCCAAGUGGCAUCUUCCCCAUCGGCCCAACGAGCGCCUCGUCAACGCGGGGGUGGUACUACCCAAGACAGCCCAUCCCGACGCCGCGAUACUCAAUUUUGCACUCAGCGGUGUUUACUCGGCUUGCAGACUCGGGGUAUCCUUGACGACCGUUGUCCAAACGUGAUCCUACAUCGUCAAGGCAGCGAUGACCGCAAGCAUCCCAUUAGCUCAGAGAAUUUAGUGCAUAUGCUAAAAGCACAAUUGGACAAAAAUAUUGACCAAUGCACACCCAUUGGAGGUUGCGGGGCAUAUGGUGCGCCAUUUAAACUUACCUGUGCUACAUAUGGCUAUACUGUCAUUGGCAAAGGAACUACGUCGGGACUGUGGAAGGAAGUGUCCAAUGAAGCGCAGGUAUACCAGAUCCUGCGGAAGGCUCAAGGCUCUGCUGUCCCUGUUUUCCUAGGUAUGAUCGAUUUGGCUAAAAUUUACUUUCUUCAUGGCGCGGGAGAGAUUCGCCACAUGCUCAUCAUGGGCUGGGGGGGUAACAGCACAGCAACUAUGGAGUUGGCGCCGUGGCUUGAGCAGGAGAUUUACAGAUCGAAGAAGGAAAUCAAAGCCUUGGGCAUCAGACAUGGAGAUCUUCGACCUGAAAAUAUCCUUUGGAAUGAAGAGCUUGGGCGGGCUUUGAUCAUUGACUUUCACCGCUGCAGCUUGAAACGUCGACGGCCAACUUCACAGCUGCCACGAUCAGCGAAGCGACAACUAUACCGAGCAGAGCCACAAGAUGUAAAACGUCAACGUAACUUUGACUAG